AUGACUGAGCGUAGUGCUCUGGCCUUCUUCAUCUUGGCCCCUCGGCGCGACAUCAAUCGCCCCGCCCCUCUUCUGCGAGCAACCCUGAAUCUUGUCAUAUGCAAAAAUUGCCACAGCACGGAUGUUGAGACGAACGAAGGACAAGGGGAGGUAAUCUGCCUCAGAUGCGGGUCCGUCUUGGAGGAAAACAAAAUCGUGGAAUCUUUGGAGUUCUUCGAGAAUAACAAUGGGGCUAUUUCGAUGGUCGGACAGUUCGUCCCCGCGAGUGGGAACAAAUCGUUCAUUCUCUCCUGGGGAGUGCGCGAAAGCAGAGAAUUAUCCUUACAGAAGGGAUACAUAAAUAUUCAGAAAAUAGCAGACCAUUUGCACCUAUCGACGCAGCAUGUGGAAUCAGCACAAAGAAUCUACCUGAUGGCUCUGCAAAGGAACUUUACUAUGGGGAGAAACAACUCGUACGUUGCAGCGUCUUGUCUUUAUACUAUAUGUAGAAGGGAGAAGUCUCCCGUGAUGCUAAUCGAUUUUAGUGAUAUUUUACAGACCCCUGUGAAGCCACUAGGAAAAACAUUUCUCAAAUUGUUGCGAUUGCUUCAUAUAAGUGUACCGAAUAUAGACCCUUCCCUAUAUUUAGAGCGCUUUGCUCAUAAGCUAAAUUUGAAGAAUGCCAUAUACAAAGUUACGUACACAGGGAUAAAGCUUAUUCAGGCCAUGACAAGGGACUGGAUUUGUACCGGAAGGAGACCCACAGGGUUAUGUGGUGCCGCUCUGUUAAUCUCUACAAGAAUGCAUGGCAUUUUUGUUCACUCCAAUACUAUAGCCAACAUAGUGAGGAUAUCCAACCCGACGAUCAUUAAGCGAUUAUCCGAAUUUAAGAACACCAGUACUGCUAAGAUGAAGGUCUCCGAUUUUGAUAGAAUUCGCCUGAAUGAUCUUCCGUCCAAUUCACUACCUCCUUGUGUCAUUGCUUCCAAUAGGAGGAAGCUCAGACAGGACAUGCUUAGGAAUAAUCAAGUAAGAUCCCUUUGUGAUAGCGACGAGAUGUUCAGCACUGCUGCAAGUGCGAAAUCGACAAAGCAUUCAGAGCAGCUCCUAACCAAUGAGACCUAUUCCCCCAACGGUAACGAAGACACCUUCUCUCUGCAAAACGGCUUAAGUGUCACAAAUGGGGACGAUGCGGAUAAUGUAUUGUCUUACAAUAAUUUGACUCUCUUGGAUAGUCGCUCUGCCGAUAAUGGUAUGGAGGACGCCACCACCACGGGAUGCAUUGUAAAUGGAGGUAGGCCCCCUGGAAUUGGUCACUCCACAGAGUUAAAUAGCACCAUAAGUAGCUUCCUUCCCAGUGGAAGUACCCUUGGAGAAAGUCAAACGGGGGAUGAUGGAGACAACCUAACGAACAGCGGAAUAAACGUAGAAGAAAUCUGCAAUGAGAACCCAGAGGGAAAUGAUUUAGAUAAGCUAGCCAAAAAAAUUAUCAACACGAUUGAUGUAGAGAAACAGUCCAGCAUCCUAAAGGGGAACAUUUCCUCCUUGCAUACGAAGGAUCCCCAGUGUGAUGGCAGCGACUCCGGGGAGGGCAGCCAAAGGGACGGAUUUCCAUUCUCUCCCUCUAGUAACAACCAAAGGAAUGGUAAAAAGGGGGGCAAUGACUUAACUGACCAUCAUGCAAUCAAAUCGACUGUGUCCAUAGGGAGCAUAAAUCAUUUCUCCGAUUUGGACUCCUGCCUUACCACCCCGAUGAUUAGUGUCGAGAAGUUGAUACCACCAAAUGGUAGCUGCUCAAAUGGUGGAUGCCUAGAUGGGAGUCUAUCCCCUCUGGGUAGUGAAAGGGACAACACAUCACAUCUUAUGUCUGCUCAUCAUAACAAAGAUGCGCCCUCCAAAAAGGCACUUCUUAAUGGCCCUGAGAUGGAUGACGGGCUGGAAAGCCUAAACAAUGAACCGGAGGCGGCAUACUGUAGCACACUUAAAGAAACGCUAAACUCGGAACUAAGCCAGCUACUAAACGAAGUGGACGAUUUCAGCAUUCUACAGUAUGCCAAUAAUGCAUCAGAUAAUAAUUUAAGCAAUCAGCCAAAUGGCAUACACAAGGAUGAUAUAAACCAUGUUAGUAGUAUCCUGUCCGAUUUUAAUUAUUUUUUCGAGAAUAAUUGCAACGCAGUGGAAAGUCAACCCCACAAUACCGUAGACAUCCCAUCAGAUACAUCCAUAGAGAAAAUCAACGAAUCGCUAUCCGACUUUUACGAUAGUGAAAUUGAAAAUAUUAUCUUGUCUGAAAAGGAAAGAACACGAAAAAUGCUCAUAUGGGAUGACAUGAUGAGGAGUUAUUUUCCUCAGUACUACAAGCAGCUUAAAAAACAGAGGAGGAAAAGGUCAUCAUACCAUCCUGAUCGUGUGGGUGCAGAUAAGAGUAAUAAGAAAAACAAACAAACAGACAAAAUUACCACCCUUCGGAUGAACAAACGGCAGGAAAUUCUAUCAUAA